UAUGAUCGGCCUUUGGGGCUGAUAAAGCGAUGCCAGCAGCUGGGACACGGACAGCGGGGCCUCAUCACCCUGGAAUGUGCUGCAAUGGUUCUGUCGUACGAUGUUAAAAGAUCAUAAUUUGACAACUCAACAGUCUUUCCACCACCUUGCACCAAAGAAACCAUUUCUUCCAUCUGCAGUAUGGCAUAAUGCAGUAAGAGGCAUGUUUAUUCAAACUCAGGACACACCAAAUCCAAAUAGUUUGAAGUUUAUUCCAGGGAAGGAAGUUCUGGAGUCGAGGACUAUGGAGUUUUCCACACCAGCUGCAGCAUUUUGCUCACCUUUAGCAAGGCAGUUAUUCAAAAUUGAAGGAGUUAAAAGUAUUUUCUUUGGACCAGACUUCAUCACAGUCACCAAGGAGAGUGAAGACCUGGAUUGGAACUUACUGAAACCAGAUAUUUAUGCAACUAUAAUGGAUUUCUUUGCCUCUGGCUUACCUGUACUUACUGAAGAGGCACCUAGGACUGAUACAGCUGCAUCAGAAGAUGAUGAUGAAGUUGUACUGAUGAUUAAAGAACUGCUGGAUACAAGAAUAAGGCCGACAGUGCAAGAAGAUGGUGGUGAUGUUAUUUAUAAAGGCUUUGAGGAUGGGAUUGUGCAGCUGAAGUUGCAGGGUUCGUGCACCAGCUGUCCCAGUUCCAUCAUCACCCUGAAGAACGGGAUACAGAACAUGCUCCAAUUCUACAUCCCUGAAGUGGAAGGCGUGGAACAGGUUGUUGACGACGACGAUGACGUGGAGAAAGAAGCAAAUUCUACCUGAGCUAGCAUCAUCUAUGGCCAAAUAAGUAUUUACUUCUUGGUUGCCAAAGAGUGCAGCGUAUGUGUAACUUGGCUGCCCUGGCUGAGCGAGGGAAGACGUGGCAGAGCAGAACACGUUCCAGUUUUAGAGACUAUGGGAAGAGAAAUAUUUAUUGUUCUGAAAUUGAAAUACGUAAAUCAGGCUUUGCGAGUACUUCUGUUUACUUGUGCAUGUAAGGCUUAAUUUCUUCCUGGUGCCUAGCUUUAGCAGAUGGCUUUGCUACCAGAAAUACUAUUUCUUCUUUGUGCUGCCACAGUCGAGCUGGGUUUGCGGUCAUUAUUUGGCUUAUGGUUAUAGUAGUGUUCCCUGUGUGCAAGGAUUUGACAGCCUCUGGCAUGUUCUCCUCUUUCACUCCUUGCCAGUGUAAUUCCACUGAGUCCCUAAAUGGGAUCAAUUAAGUCAGUGGAGAAUCUUUUAUAUAGCAUGCCGAUCAGCAUGUAGUAGCCAUAAACUUCAUAUUACUUGUUAGAAAUUUGAAAAUAAAUAUUUUAGCAAAAUAUUUCUUCAGCUUUCAUGGAGAGUAAUAACCUACAGUCAUUUAAAUUACCGACUCAGGAUUUGGAAAUGAGUUUGAAAUUACCAUGUUUUCUUUACCCUGUCAUGAAGUACGCAGUGCCUGAUCUUACAAGUAUAUCGAUGACAAAAUUCCCCUCGAGGUAGGCUCAGACUAUCCAAAAGAGAAGUUGUGCCAACGUUAUCGCCAUGUUGUUCUUUGUCAGCAAACCAUAGAAUGGCGAGUAAUGUUUCUGGUUACUCAAAAAUACAGCUUUUUAGGCCUGAUUUGUCAAUUUAAUGCACUAUAUAAGCCAAAACUUAAACAGCAAAGUAGCUGGUUUGUGUGUUAAAUAAAAUGUAUCUCUUAAA